AUGAAGUAACAUUUUAAUUGGAUAAUCAAUCAGAAAAAGAAGAGAAUAUUUUCAAAGACAUAGCAAGUUUGGCUUAAAAUUUAAAAAAUGCUAAAAGUUUAAAUAUAAAAUUUGAUUUAUUAUCAAAAUAUUUAAUAAUUGAUGUAAAAAAAAAUUAAUAAGAAAGCAUAAUAAAAUUAAAGAUAUUUUUGGCACAAUUAUCAUUCUAUCUUCUUAAAUGUUUUAUUAAGUCAAUUGCUUUUAUCAAAGAAUUGGAAAAUGUGUUUAUUAAAAUUUAUUCAUAAACAGAUUCAAUGGAUAUUUAUAUGGACAAGAUGUAGCUUAGUGAGUUGA